ACGGAACCAACAAAAUGUCAGCCUGGCUCGUGGCCCGUCAUAGUCCCGUAUGGAGCGCGAGGCUUAUUUGCACCGACUGGCCGGCCACCUGACCACCCUGUGCGGGCACGCUAGCAUUGUCGGCCCUUCCCGCUUACGGCUCGAUGGAACAACAAAAAUGCGCAUUGGCGGUCCGGACAACCGCCUCGUGGCCCGGCGCACAGGGACCCCGCCUUGCCCGCAGCCCAAUCGUCCAGCUCGGCUACAGUGGCAAACCCCUGCAAACCGCUGACUGGCCCGGGUGAAGCAGCCACGAACAAGCUAAAAUGAAAAGGUUGGCUCCUGUCGGG